GGAGUACAAACUUUGGCGACAAUCCUCGCGGGUUGCUCGGAUCGGCGGUGGGCACCCCUGGCGCGCUCGGCGCGCCCGGGGGGGGGGCCCGCGCAGUGCCGGGAGAUCCGUGCGGGCCGCCGAGAGUUUGCGUUGAUGCAGGUUCUUCUUCCUCGAGCUCCGCCAUGGCGCGCGCGUGCGUGGGGCGUGGGCUGGCGCUGGCGGCGCUCGCGGGGGCGGCCGCGUCCGGUCCCUCGACCACGACCACGUUCCUCGCCUGGGACCCGAAGCAGCUGGCGGCCGCGGCGGAGCGGGAGAACGACCUGGAGGCCAGCCAGCUCCUGGAGGAGGCGAGGGCGCAGGCCGCGGCCCGGGAGGCCGAGACCGACCGGGAGGUGGAGCAGAUGCUGAAGAGGGCCCGCGCGGAGGAGGCGCUCAAGGUGAAGGCGGUGAUGCAGCACAAGAAGGAGAUGGAGGAGAUGGAGAGGGCGCAGGCCCUGUCGCGGGACCGGGCCGAGGCCCAGGCGCGGGCGGACGCCGUGGCGCAGGCCAAGGCGCAGGCGAAGGCGCAGGCGGAGGCGUACGCGGCCGCGGAGGCCCAGGCCGAGGCGGAGCAGGAGGAGGAGGAGGAGGCCGAGGCCGAGGCCAAGGCCGCGGAAAUGAUCAAGGCCGCGCUCGAGCAGGAGGCCGAGGAGGCGCGGAAGGCGCGGGAGGAGCAGGAGUUAGAGCAGCAGCGCCUGCAGCACGAGGCCGAGGCCGCCCGGAGACAGCGCGAGGACCUCGAGGCGGAGGUGGCCGCCGGCGUCGAGGAGGCCCUGGCCGCCCAGCGCGCGGGCGCGGUGCGGGCCAGCCGCCCGUUCGCGGGCGCCGCGGAGGAGGCGGCGGAGCCGACGGAGCUGCGCUCGCCCGCGCCGUCGCUGCCGACCGAGCCGCACUCGCCCGCCCCGGCGCCAGAGGGCGGCGUGCCGGGCGCGCCGGCGUGGUGGGGCUGGCUGUUGCUGCUCGGGGGCCUGGCGGCCGCCCUGGCGCUGGGAUGGGCGACGACGCAGUCAAGGCGGAGGGAGCUGCCGGUGGGCCGCGGGGGCGGCGCCAACUGCGUGCCGGGCGCGCCUGGCGGCAGCGGGCCUGUCUUCCGGACGACGCCCCCUGCGGGCUGGAACAAUGCGGACAGGUCCAGCAGCAGCAGCGAGGACCAGGACGAGGGCCUGCUCGGACGGUCCUGGGGUGACUGGGGCAACGGCCACAUGAACACCUACGGCCCCCACAGGUGGGCCACGCGGCCGCCGCCCUGGAACGGCCCACGUCGGGCCGGCUGAGAGGUUGGCCGAUGGCAGGCCCGCGAGGACCUGCUGGACUACGAGCAGGACGCGCCGCCAGAGGCAGCAGGACCGCGGCGGACCACCCCCCCGGCGCACGGGGGAAAGCUGCGCGCGCGGGCCGCCGCCGGGCCCGUGGC